CAACUUCACUUCCUCAAUACAUUUCCUUGCCGACUCUCGUUUAUCCCAUUUCCUGACUUCCAUUCGCUCCGCCGUGCAUAUCAUUUCGAGAAGCUAUUACUAGCACAUAUUUCCAAACGCAAAGACAGUAUGUGGUUCUCAGCACGGUCUUGUCUUGUCGCCACAGCCCUCCUCCAUGCCGCCAACGCUCUUCCACAGGUCACAAGUGGUGAUUCGACAUCAGACAGCGCCAACACCUCCGUCGCCUGCAACAACUCACCUUCUCUCUGCUCCCGCCGCUACAACGAGAUCACACAUCUCGGUGCCCACAAUUCGUAUGCCCUCCGAGACGCCUCAACGGACAACUCGAUAUCCGGGAACCAGUACUUCAAUGCCACCCGGGCGUUAGACGCUGGCCUGCGGUUGCUGCAGGCUCAGACGCAUCAAGGCGACACCACGCUUCAGCUGUGCCAUUCGUCGUGUAGUUUGUUGGACGCAGGACCGCUGGCGGAUUGGCUGAAGCUGAUCAACGCGUGGAUGGACGAGAACCCAAACGAGGUCGUGACGCUCAUUGUCGUCAACGGCGACAACGCCACCCCGGCUGACUUUCAAUCGGCUCUGGUCCAGUCCGGCGUGAGUGAGAAGUCGUAUGUGCCGACCACAGCAGGCGCAACGGCCGAGUGGCCGACGCUGCAGACCAUGAUCGACAGCAACACCCGCUUCGUCUCCUUUGUCACCAACCUCGACUACGACGCCACCGCCGCGCCCGCCGUGCUGCCAGAGUUCGACUACGUCUUUGAGACGCCCUUUGACGUCCAGGAGCUGGACGGGUUCAACUGCACGCUUGAUCGGCCCUCGGGUCUGGACUCGGCCACAAAUGCGUUGAGCCAGAACUACCUGUCCCUCGCGAACCACUUCAAGUACAGUUCCCUUGGCACGCUGGGCAUCACCGUGCCAGACGAGGACAACAUCGAGACCGUGAACAGCAACUCUACCUCCGAGGUGGGCGCGUUGGGCACGCACCUCGACACCUGUCGCCAAGAGUGGGGUGGGGUUCCCAACUUUGUCCUGGUCGACUUCUUCAACGCAGGCGAAACGAUUGAGGCGCUCGACUCGAUCAACAACAUCUCUGAUGCCGUGGGCAGGACACAGCCAGAGGACGGCGGCAGUGGUAGCGGACCGAAUGCCGCGGGCAGGCUGGAUAGCACGUCUUUCGGUGCCUUGGUGGCCUUUGGGGCGGCGGUCUUCUUGCUUUAAGCACUCUGCAUGAGCCUGCGGGUCAUUUUGAUUUGUUUGGUUUAGGAGCAUAGCGUGGCGUUCAUUUUUAGAGUAGAUAGCAAUUGAUGUCCAUCAUCUCCUGCUACUUCGUCUUCGAGGUUACGCAAACCGGGCGCGCACGUAUUUGUCGUGAUGGAUCCAGCUCAGAUACUCACACCUCACGGCUAAUCAAGUGCCUGUCGACUUCAGUCGAAGCGUCGCGUCCGUACACAGCCUCGUGCAUCAGCUCUGUGAGCUUCUGAGCGGACAUCUACGUGCCAUGGCACUUGCAGCAGCAAACUUGGACAAUUCCAUCGGCGGUUAUGACAUAGUGUGG